UUAAUACUGGAUACACCAAGCACUGGGCUUCACACUUCCACACUACAGUGGUCCAGUGCCAGACCACCCUUCACCAGUCCUCAGGAAGCGUUUCACAGGAACAACAUCACCAUGCCUAAAGUCUUGGUACCAGAGACCGAUGACAAGAUGAGGGCCUUCGCGGAGAAGGUCUUUGCAUCGGAGACCAAAGAUGAGAACGUCCGUGAUGAAAUCUCCAUGUUUGAUGUGGCUGAGGACUGCCCCAUCCUUCACCAGGAAAUGGCCCACCAUCUGCACACUGAGGACAAUGUAGAGAAACGCAAGAGGCUUCAGCGCAGCUGCACCAUGGCUGUGCCUACAGUUCAUCACCAAGCAGCUGCUGCCCCCGUAGUCAAACUGGAAGUGGAUGCACCUACCUACCUAGAAGUUCCUGAUUUCCAGAGGGUGGCCAUCAUUGGAGACUAUGCAUCUGGGGUGACCAUGGAUGACUUUGAGCUGUCAUGUAGAGGUCUGUACCGUGCCUUGACCAUCAGGGAGAAGUACAUGAGGCUCGCCUUUCAGCGCUUCCCAAGAACAGCCUCUCAGUUCAUGCGCCAAAUGGAGGGAGAGACCUUCAAAGUUCAAGAUCAAGUGCAGCCAGUCUUCACUGCCCCUCCAAAGGAUGGGGAGGACCCUUUUGACAGCAAGGACCUGCCAAAAGAUCUGGGCUACGUGGCCCGUAUGAAGGAGGGUCUCAUCUACGUGUACAACGAUGCUGCAGCUGCCGACAAACAUCAGCCCAAGGACUUGCCCCAUCCCAACUAUGAAACCUUUAUUGAUGACAUGAACUUCCUCAUUACUCUCAUUGCACAAGGUCCAACUAAGACAUACACUCACCGACGUCUGAAGUUCCUCAUGUCCAAGUUUAAUGUGCAUGAGAUGCUGAAUGAGAUGGAGGAGAUGAAGGAGCUGAAGAUGAACCCCCACAGGGAUUUCUACAACUGCAGGAAGGUGGACACCCACAUCCAUGCUGCUGCAUGCAUGAACCAGAAGCACUUGCUGCGCUUCAUCAAAAAGUCUUACCGUGUGGAUGCUGACCGGGUUGUGCACAACCUUAAAGGCAGGGAGCUCACCAUGAGAGAGCUCUUCGAGUCCCUCCACCUGCACCCCUAUGACCUCACUGUGGACUCACUGGAUGUGCACGCUGGUAGACAAACCUUCCAACGUUUUGAUAAGUUCAAUGCAAAGUACAACCCUGUGGGAGCCAGUGAGCUUCGUGACCUGUACCUGAAAACUGAAAACCACAUCCAUGGAGAAUAUUUUGCCACCAUCAUCAAGGAAGUAGCCAGUGACCUGGAGGAAGCCAAGUACCAGUACGCAGAGCCUCGUCUGUCUAUCUAUGGUUGCAACCCCAAUGAGUGGACUAAGCUGUCCAGCUGGUUUGUCAAGCACAGAGUCUUCUCCCCAAACCUCAAAUGGAUGAUUCAAGUUCCAAGGAUCUAUGACAUCUUCAGAGGCAGGAACUUCGUGCCCCACUUUGGCAAGAUGCUCGAAAACAUUUUCCUUCCCGUCUUCCAGGCCACAAUCAACCCACAGUCCAACCCAGAGCUCAGCAUCUUCCUCAAGCACGUGACAGGUUUCGAUAGCGUGGAUGAUGAGUCCAAACACAGUGGCCACAUGUUCUCCACUAAGAGCCCCAAACCAGAAGAGUGGGACAUUGUCAAGAACCCCUCCUACACCUACUACAUCUAUUACAUGUAUGCCAACAUUGCUGUUCUCAACCAGCUGCGCAGACAGAGGGGGAUGAACACGUUCACGUUCAGACCUCACUGCGGUGAGGCCGGAGCCAUCACCCACUUGCUGGCUUCCUUUAUGACUGCUGACAACAUCUCUCAUGGCCUUAACCUCAAAAAGAGUCCUGUGCUGCAGUACCUGUACUUCUUGGCCCAGAUCCCAAUCGCCAUGUCCCCUCUCAGCAACAACAGCUUGUUCUUGGAAUAUGCCAAGAACCCCCUGCUGGAGUUCCACAAGAAAGGCCUGGUGGUGUCUCUAUCCACUGACGACCCCAUGCAGUUCCACUACACUAAGGAACCCCUGAUGGAGGAGUAUGCCAUUGCUGCUCAGGUCUUCAAGCUGAGUACUUGUGACAUGUGUGAGAUUUCCAGGAACAGUGUACUGCAGAGUAGCUUGUCUCAUGAGGAAAAGAGCCACUACCUGGGUCAGGAUUACCUGAAAGAGGGUCCAGAGGGAAAUGACAUCUGUAAGACCAACGUGGCACAGAUCCGGAUGGCAUACCGCUUUGAAACCCUGUGCUAUGAGCUCAACCUCAUCAAGGAGGGCUUGAAGACUGAAUAAUCUUAGUCAAAUCUGACACACACUUGAUCAAAACCCAUCUCUAUUGUAACAUGGAAAAGCUUCUACAUUUUUUAAAAAUGCAACAUUUGAGCAAGUGAAUCUUAAAGAAACUGCCCUUCUAAUACACUGAUGUUUUCUCCUUCGGAAAAAGAAAUAUUUUGAUUAUUACUUUCAUAGUAAAUCAUCUGCACAACCUGUACAAAUGACACUGUACAUUACAUUAUGUAUAUUCCAACUAGAGAAACAUCAUGUAUAAGAAUGAAUGGAAAUAAAAUGUAA